GACCGCGCCGAGCCGGCCGCGCGCGAGGAGGCGACGCGGCGCUUCCAGGUGCUGGGCCGCGCGUACGCCGUGCUGAGCGACGCGGAGCGGCGCGCCGUGUACGACGAGCAGGGCACGGUGCUGGAGGAGGAGGAGGGCGAGGAGCCGMGGCCCGAGCGCGACUGGCGGGAGCACUGGAGGCUGCUCUUCAAGAAGAUCACCAUAAAGGACAUCGAGGACUUCGAGAAGAGCUACAAGGACUCGGAAGAGGAGCUCGAUGAUGUCAAGGCGGCCUACGUGGACUUCGAGGGCGACAUGGACAAGAUCAUGGAGUCGGUGCUGUGYGUGGAGUACGCGGAUGAGCCCAGGAUAAGGAGGAUCAUACAGGGGGCCAUCGACUCCGGAGAGCUCCCCGCCUACAAGGCUUUCGUGAAGGAGUCUAAGCAGAAAAUGAACGCAAGGAAGAGGAGGGCAGAAAAAGAAGCUAGAGAGGCAGAAAAGACCAGAGAAGAACUGGGCCUUGGUGAUGGCGAAGAUGAUUUGAAAGCGCUCAUUCAGAGUAGAAAUAAAGAUCGAAAACAGGAAAUGGAUGACUUCUUGGCACAACUGGAAGCAAAAUACGGGAAUAAUUCAAAAAAAGGAGGGAAGAAGACUACCGCCAAGAAAGGGAAGAAGUAAAGGAACUGUGUAGACGGGAAAGUCAGGUAUCACUUUGUAGGGGAAGACUGUGGGGGUUUGAGAGGAUUUUGGAGAUAUUCUGGACUACUGUUUGGGAGUGUGUGCGCAGUAACAUGCUGUGACUGGAAAGUACGAUACGGACCGUGUUGCGAACAAGAAAGACAAAACAUUCUGGCAUUGUUAUUUAAAAUCCUUUAGUUGAUCCUCAGUUAAGAUCAAACAGAUUCUUGACUAACAGUUCUGU